AUAGAAUAACACGACACAAUACGAACACACAUUAUUCUUAUAGAACAGUGUAAACACGAGAUACAAAACUAGUUAUACAUCGAUAAAUAGUAGUCCGUAUAGAACAUUACCAUUUUAGAGUGUACGGGGCUACUAAAUAUCUUAUGUCGGACAGAGUUAAAUAAUGUUUAUAAGUGAGAUGAAUUAACGCUUGGAUAUCAUGACAAUUCCAAACAAAUUAAGGGCUGCCAGACGACGACUUCUCGGCGUGAAUAAAAAGAAAAUCGCCGGGAUAUGCUUAUUGUGUUAUCUGCUAUAUAAAAUGACGAUCCUCCGAAUCUAUUCAAUUCCACUGCCUAUGUCGGUAAACAUUGACGAUUACCAACCCUUCGAACCUGAGAUAACCGCGGACUUUCCAACUGAUGGUAGAAAAACGCCUCGGAUCCCUCAUAUAAUUCACCAGACGUAUAAGACUGAACUCAUUCCCCUGCAUUACAAAGACAUGGUAAUGUCGUUUCACAAGUUUAAUCCAAAGUGGGAUUUUUACCUCUGGACGGAUGCUUCUUCAAGAAAACUUGUUGCUGAGAAAUAUCCACAUUUAUUGAAUGUUUGGGAUUCUUACCCGUUAAAUAUACACAGAGCCGAUGCUAUACGAUAUAUUGCGUUAUAUGAGUAUGGUGGAAUUUACGCGGAUUUGGACAUUGAAUGCUUAAGACCACUUGCUGCGUUGACGAAAAAAUAUGCUUGCAUUUUCCCAACCGAGCCGUUCGAAUUCAUCUCAAUACAUAACGACCUUCCAUACCAGAUCAACAAUGCAUUCAUGCUUUGCAGAAAGGGGCAUCCUUUUUUAAAACAGUUGAUUGAAAGUCUGCCUGCGUACCGAAUGAUUCCAAAGAUUAUUGAAAGAACAGGCCCAAUAUUUGUUACAAGCCAGUUUGUUUUAUACAAUAGAAUAUUCACGUAUUAUGGUCCUUCGCAAAAGAAGAACGCAACUGAAAGUAAUUCGCCGUAUUUUUACAAAGGUGAACUGCCGGAAACGCAUGAAAAUGCCGUGUAUGUACCGAACUCCAAAUACUUCUUUUAUGCUAUUAAUGACAAUAAUAAUCGAUUGUUUUGGAUGCAUUAUAAAUGUUAUUCUAAGUUUUUGGAUUUAGGUUAUAAUCAACAACGAGGUUGUAUAGAACUAAAAAAGCGGGAUAGUCGAGGAGGACCUAAUAAAUAUGCCUUUGUAGAACAUCUGUGGUAUCAGGUAUAUAAACAUGUUUGGAAAGGCUGGUUUAAUAGUUUAGAUCGACAAUUUAAUUUGUCAGAUGAAAUUAAAAAGUUAAUUAUAUAUUAAAUUUAAAUUACAUGUUUGUUUCGUUUAAGGGUGGUGCUUACAAUAAAAAUGUUAUGAAUACA